CUGUGCGUCUCGCCGCCUCGGUCCGCUGGCCGGGGCCCGCUGAUCAGCCCGCCCUCCGGCUACCAUCCGAGGCUCCCCGGCCGCCGCAGGGAUCCUCCCACCGGACCCUGCCGGGCUGCCCGUCCUCGUGUUCGGGCCGCUGCCGCUGAUGCCAGCUGGCGGAAGGCUGGCAUGGAAGGCGAUGGCUCAGACUCGCUGAUUGCCAUUAAGAAUAUCGAAAGAGAGCUCAUUUGUCCUGCAUGCAAGGAGCUGUUUACCCACCCGUUGAUUCUCCCUUGUCAACAUAGUAUCUGUCAUAAAUGUGUAAAAGAACUCUUACUGAUACUUGAUGAUUCAUUCAAUAAUGUGGGAUCAGACAACUCCCAUCAGAGCAGUCCUCGACUUUGGCUGCCCUCCCCUAGCAUGGAUAAAAUGGACAGAAUUAACAGACCAGGCUGGAAGCGCAAUUCCUUGACCGCUAGAGCAACUACGUUUCCUUGCCCUGGCUGUGAGCAUGGUGUGGAUCUUGGAGAGCGAGGAAUCAACGGCCUAUUCCGAAAUUUCACUUUGGAAACUAUCGUUGAAAGAUACCGGCAGGCAGCCAGGGCAGCCACGACCAUUAUGUGUGAUCUUUGUAAACCGCCAUUUCAAGAAUCCACAAAAAGUUGCAUGGACUGCUGUGCAAGCUAUUGCAAUGAGUGCUUCAAAAUUUAUCAUCCUUGGGGAACUAUAAAAGCUCAGCAUGAGUAUGUGGGCCCAACCACUAAUUUUAGACCCAAGGUUUUAAUGUGCCCAGAACAUGAAACAGAGAGAAUAAACAUGUACUGUGAAUUAUGUAGGAGAUUGGUUUGUCAUCUCUGUAAAUUGGGUGGUAAUCAUGCCAAUCACCGUGUGACCACUAUGAGCAGUGCCUACAAAACCUUAAAGGAAAAGCUUUCAAAGAAUAUUGAUUACCUUAUUGGCAAGGAGAGCCAGGUGAAGAGUCAAAUUUCUGAACUAAAUUUGCUAAUGAAAGAAACGGAGUAUAAUGGAGAGAGGGCUAAAGAAGAGGCAGUUACACAUUUUGAAAAGCUCUUUAAAAUUCUAGAAGAGAGAAAAUCAUCUGUUUUGAAAGCAAUCGAUGCAUCUAAGAAACUAAGAUUAGACAAAUUUCAGAUUCAAAUGGAAGAAUAUCAGGGACUUCUAGAGCACAACGGACUUGUGGGGUACGCUCAGGAAGUGCUUAAGGAGACGGAUCAGCCCUGCUUUGUACAGACUGCAAAACAGCUCCACUUCAGACUACAGGAAGCGACAGAAUCCUUGAAGAGCUUUAGACCUGCUGCUCAGACUUCUUUUGAAGACUAUGUUGUUAAUACCGCUAAGCAAACAGAACUUCUGGGAGAAUUGUCCUUUUUCUCUAGUGGAAUAGAUGUGCCAGAGAUCAAUGAGGAACAGAGUAAAGUCUAUAACAGUGCUUUGAUAAACUGGCACCAUGCAGAGAAGGAUAAAGCUGAUAGCUAUGUCCUUGAAUAUCGGAAGAUUAAUAGAGAUGACGAAAUGAUGUCUUGGAAUGAGAUAGAAGUGUGUGGCACAAGUAAAGUUAUUUCAGAUCUCGAGAGCAACUCUAACUAUGCUUUCAGAGUAAGAGCCUACAAGGGCUCAAUCUGUAGUCCUUCCAGCAAGGAAUUGAUACUUCAUACGCCUCCAGCUCCAGUUUUCAGUUUCCUCUUUGAUAAGAAAUGUGGAUAUAAUAAUGAACAUCUCUUGCUGAACUUGAAGGGAGACCGUGUGGAGAGUAGGGCUGGAUUCAGUCUUCUGCUCGCGGCAGAACGUAUCCAAGUGGGUUAUUACACAAGCUUAGACUACAUCAUUGGAGACGUUGGAAUCACAAAAGGGAAACACUUUUGGGCGUUCAGCGUAGAACCGUAUUCGUACCUGGUGAAAGCAGGAGUUGCUUCCAGUGAUAAACUGCAAGAAUGGCUCCGUUCUCCCCAGGAUGCAGUGAGUCCAAGGUAUGAGCAAGAUAGCGGGCAUGACAGCAGAAGUGAAGAUGCCGGUUUUGAUUCUUCACAGCCCUUUACGUUAGUUACCAUAGGCAUGAAGAAAUUUUUUAUACCCAAAUCACCUAAUUCUUCUAAUGAACCUGAAAAUAGAGUUCUUCCUAUGCCAACAAGUAUAGGGGUUUUCCUUGACUAUGAUAAAGGCAAAGUGAGUUUCUAUGACAUGAAUCACAUGAAAUGCCUCUAUGAGCGCCAGGUGGACUGCUCGCACACAAUGUAUCCAGCUUUCGCAUUAAUGGGCAGUGGGGGAAUUCAACUUGAAGAGCCCAUCACAGCAAAAUACCUACAAUACCAAGAGAACCUGUAGUUGAAGCAUCUGAUAUGAUUUAGGAUGAAAAAUGUGAGCCAGGUUAAUGCCUUCAUGUUAACUUCCAUAACUAAUUACAUACCAUCUACAUACCUUGUCGCUGGGCUUGUUUUUUGUGUAUGUUUCUUAAAACAGAACUUAAAACAGUCGUGUUGCCUCCAUGUCAUUAUUCCGCCUUUGAAACGGUAGGAGUAAAGACACUCUCCUAAGCAACUCUGAAAUGGUUAACUUUGCAACUGGAUUGUCUUUCUUUUUUUAGGAACAGGAAGUCUAAUUUCUUUAUGUCAGCUGGUAUUGCUGACACUUAAAUUCCUUUUCUUCAAGUGCGGAGGGGAUAAAAAAAUAUUUAUUAUGCUGCUUUUGUGUUUGGUUUUUCAUUUUGAUAUCAUGCUUAUGUCCUAAGAGAAGAUAAAAAGGCCAGUAUAUUUAAGUGGAAAAUUAUCUAUUUUAAGGUGUGUAACUAAUAUGAAGAGUAAAUUGCCUGGAAAAUGAAUACUGCUUUUUUUUUUCCCCUAAGACCACAAAUUGUAUUCUUGAGGACAUUUUUAAGAGUUCCCUUAGGUAUAACGUCUACAUGCAUGUGUAGCAAACAUGUUUUCUCGCAGGAAACAAAAAGUUCUUGGCUAACACAUGAUGAAACUUUCCAUUCUAUGUAACUUUUUGCAGAAAAAUUGUCUUCAAUUUUUCUUACUCUAUGAAAAUAUUUAUGCUUAUAUCAAGUAACUAUUUUUCACAAAUAUUAGUGAAGAUACACUGAUAUUUGAUAUGUUUGUUCUUU